AUGGAUUUGGUCUUAUUCUUUGGGCCUGCGCAGAUUGCAGGAGUUUCUUUUGGAUUGGUGAUUAAUCGCUGCCUUGGCGCUUGGCUAAUCAUGGCCUUGUUGCUUAUUGUGCUCUCGCACUCGGCGUACAUGUGCAUUAAGCAGUAUAAACGCCUAGCUGCGGAGCGAAAGAAUGAGCGGCAGACUGCAGCAGCAGCAGCUGCUGGCGCAUGCAAUGCAGCUGGUGCUCAAUCGGAGGCUUCCAGUGCAGCUGUGUCGUAUGCUCUCAGAGGAACUCCCGAAACAACAGCAGCAGCAGCGGCCGCUGCAGCUUCUGCACGAGUCUGUUGCGUUCAGAUCGAGGAAUCGGAGAAGGGGUGUUGGACGUUGUGCCCUCUUUCCAAGUGGCUGAUAUUGGGGUUGUUAUGGCUGGUAGAUGUCGGCCUGGCGGUGAUUAGAGGAUCUAAGUACUCGAGCUUUCAUCUGGUGCCUUUUUGCGGCUGGGAGUUUUGGCUGCUCUACGCGGCAGGCGCUGCGCUCAUGCUAACAGCUUCUGCUCACCGGGGGUAUCUCCUUGUUGCCCGUGAUAGGCACUGGGAAGCAAACGGAACGCAGAAGGUUAAGGGAGAUCUGGUUUUUACGCAUAGUGUCGCUAUUCAAUUUUUUUUCCAGAGCAUCUGCGCAGGGAUGAUCGGGGGAAUAGUCGGCAUUGGUGGCUCGAUGGUGAUGGGGCCUCUGAUGCUCGCUCGAGGCUUGCUGCCUUCUGUUGUUACUGCUGUCAACACAGCCUCGGUUCUCAGCAGCAGCAGCAGCGCCGCCAUCAAGAGUCUCAUCAACGGCUCGGUGCCAUGGGAUUACUGCCUCCUCUUCUGUUGUAUGUGCUUCGCUGCUGCGCUUAUAGGGAAGUUUCUUGUGGACCGUGUGGUGAGUACACGCGACGCGAGCUAG